AUGUCACUACCUGCUCAUGUGUCCAUGGAAUCGGCUGCGCUUCUAGAGCCUCUUUCUGUUGCUAUACAUGCAACAAGAAGAGCCCAAAUCGAGCAGGGUGACACGGCCAUUGUUUUUGGUGCAGGCACGGUCGGUCUUCUUACAGCUGCGAUGGCCAAGGUGUCUGGCGCCACAACCGUCGUCAUCGCAGACAUCGAUUAUGGACGUAUAAACUACGCCUUGGCAAACGGCUUCGCGCACAAAGGUUACAUUGUGACCCCACACAAUGCGACCGAGACUGCCGAAAAGUUCGCGGUAGCUAAGGAGUUGGCUGCGGAUGUCAUGCAGAUUGCUUCGCAGAAUGAGAUCGAUUUCGAAGGUGCUGACGUUACCUUUGACUGCACUGGAAAGGAGAUCUGUAUGCAGGCUGGGUUAUACGCGACAAGGCCUGGUGGCAAGCUCAUCAUGGUUGGAAUGGGCACGCCAAUCCAAACACUGCCCAUGUCGGCAUCUCAUCUAAAGGAAGUCGACAUCCUGGGAAUCUUCCGUUACGCCAACACCUACCCAACCGGCAUCAAGAUCUUAUCUGCUGGUGUACUUCCAAGUCUCGACAAUAUGAUCACUCACAGGUAUCAUGGAUUGGCAUCGACAAAGGAAGCCUUCGAGCUCGCAGGCAAGACAGUCGACAAGGAUGGCAAGCUCGUCCUCAAAGUUCUUGUUGAGAUGUAG